ACCUCGUUGCUCUCGAACGCUCUCUGCUGCGUCUUUUUUUUUUUUGCAUGGCCUCUGCAUGUUCCUCCUGUCCCGGCGAGUCAUCCACGAAUCCGUCGCCCGUUCCCGGGUAGACCGCACCAGUGUUCCAGCUCAUUCCAGGCGUCUUUUCUCUCGGCCAUUUAAUUUCCCGACUGCAUCGUUCUGGCAGCUGCACUGCGCUCAUCAGCAACGAAUCGUAAUAAUCAUCGUAUCAGCUCUUGCGCGACACUAGGCUCUUUGCAGCAGUCUACUCUGGGAAGUUGUGCUAUUCAAAGCACAAUGAUUGCUGCGAUCGUGGCACUUCUUGAUGCCUCCCUCCCUGUGACUUAUCCAAUGUCCUUUCUGUCGGCCAAUUCGAUCAUCGUACCUCUGCCUCGGGGCUGCUGACAGAUGUUCUCUUCUUGGCCAGUUUCGAAUAGUUUAUUAUCCAUAUUCCACCCCAAAACUGCCUCGCCGACUGCACGUUGGCUGUCGCCAUGGGACUUCAGAACAAGACGAGCUUCCCAAACCAGCCCGCAGCCCGGAAGUUGUGGUUGCAGAUCUCAGAUCGGCGACCUUCCCACAGUUAUUUCAUCUCAGAUCACUCGAUCGACCAAUCCUCAGCGCUCUCUUGCUUCCGUUCCAGGAUGUGACAAUGUCGUCCAAAUCUUGGCAGCAGCUUUGUGCAGACCGCAAGAAGAAACAGGUCGACUCUAUUCCAAAGGAAUGGAUUAUUACAGUGUCAACUGAUCUAAAGCAGAGCGUUAUUGACGUUCCAGCGCAAUGCGGUUUACUUUCACCGCUCGAAAUCGAGAUAACGGAGACUGUGGACCUUGAUAUCCUCUUGGACAAGCUCAGCACAGGCAUAUGGACAUCAGCGCAAGUUACGACCGCGUUUUAUAAACGCGCCAUCAUCGCACAGCAACUCACGAAUUGUCUCACAGAGAUCUUCAUCGAGCGUGCUCUGGCCAGGGCUCACGAACUCGAUGAUUACUUCCAGAAGAAUGGCAAACCCAUAGGUCCACUUCAUGGACUACCUAUAUCGCUCAAGGAUCAAUUCUGUAUCAAAGGUCUCGAAACGAUCAUGGGCUAUGCUUCUUGGAUUGGUCCAGUCUCCGAAAAAAGUUGCGUCUUGGUCGAGAUUCUUUAUGACCUCGGUGCGGUGCCCUUUGUACGCACCAAUGUGCCACAAACGCUUAUCUGGGGUGAGACCUAUAAUCAUGUAUUUGGCCGAACGACCAAUCCGUACAACCGUUACAUGACCCCCGGCGGUUCUUCCGGCGGCGAAGGUGCAUUGUUAGCACUCAAAGGCAGUCCUCUCGGCGUUGGUACAGACAUUGGAGGGUCCGUCCGGAUUCCAGGCGCAAUGUGCGGCCUAUACACCCUACGCCCAUCGUACGAGCGUCUUCCGUACGCCAACGCCCGAAACGCACAAGAAGGUCAAGAAUCCAUAUCUUCCACACUCGGUCCGAUGGCCAAUUCCCUUUCGGCGGUUAAGCGAUUCACGAAAUCGAUCAUUGAUGCGAAGCCAUGGAAGAAGGAUCCUCUUGUUGUGAGGAAGGAAUGGAGCUCCAGAGAGUACGCGCUUGAGGAACAUGGGAAUGGAGUAGGCAUGUGUUUUGCGGUGUUGUGGGAUAAUGGGGUUGUGAAACCUCAUCCGCCGGUGAGAAGGGCUUUGGAGAUCGUGAAGCAGUCUUUGGAGGAUGCCGGACAUAAGGUGAUCGAUUGGGAACCACAUAGACAUCUUGAAAUCUACAAGAACACGGAGAGUAUCUUCGCAGCCGACGCAGGACAAGAUUAUCGCGUCGAAUGUGCCAAGUCUGGAGAACCGCUCAUCCAGACCAUGAGUCCCGACAAGGAUGCUCAUCCAUACAAUUUGUUCGAAAGUUACGCCAAGACCAUCAUUGGGAAGCCUGAACUUCUCAGUGCAUAUGAUUUGUGGCAGCUUCACAAAGAGAAACGCGUUCUCCGGAAGAGUCACUUAGACCAUUGGGAGGCUACAGUCGCUCGAACUGGGACAGGUCGACCUGUGGAUGCUAUCAUCGCACCUGUAGCACCCUACACCGCGGUUCCGCACGGUUGUAACUCGGACGCGUUCUAUACAACGUUAUACAAUACCCUCGAUUAUGCUUGCGCAGGUUUCCCAGUCACAUUUGCAGAUAAAGAUCUGGAUAAGGUCCAACCGCCGCAUGAGUUCAGGAACCACGAAGACGAAGCGGUUUACAAAUUAUGUUCGUAUCCGUUGUUUGCUAUUUCCAUUGUGUUGCGUCGUAUGACCCUGAACUGUUCCAUGGGUUGCCGGUGGGUUUGCAACUGGUAGGGCGAACUCAAGAAGAGGAGGCUGUCAUCGCGAUGACGGAAAUUGUGGAUCGGGUGCUGGGGGCUCGUAAGUAAGUUAGAUGCUUGGAGCACCAAACGGAUCUAGAUAGGAGGAUAUCAAGCAACGACACAGUGUACAAUACAAAUACAUACAUGGCAAAUACCAGGAACAAGUGUGAACUCAAGGAAGACGAUUAUACUGUAUAUGAAAAAGAGGGGUGAACGCACACGAUAAGACGUGAUGAUGAGAGAAACCCAAGGAAAAGCAUAAUGGAACCAUCCUACGUAACCACAAUCUACAGCUCCUGCCGCCGUUACAACCGCCUCGAGAUGUAAUCCACAAUAUCGGCCUUCUUCCACCGUUUCUCACUUACGCGCAAGAUCUCGGGGAACCAUUCCCUAACACCCUCUUCGUCAUUCAACACCAUAAACGCCAAUGCCUUCCCGCUCAUCCACGCAUGUACCAUCCCCUCACCCGUAUACCCCGC